GUGCACCGAUUCUGGUUUGGCCUGAAACGCUGAUGUCACGAUUCCCGUUAUUGGUGCGUCUGUUUUUUGUUCCAUUUCCAGAAUGUAUGUGUGACUGUCUUGGCCACAAUCAGUGUACCCUGGCAAUGUUGUGGUUUAGUUUCGAUCAAGAUCUCUUCUCGGGUGGAAGUGUUGACCGACGUUCGCUGUCCGUGGGAAGAAGAUGCUAACAUAUCCUAUUGGACGAGUGGUCUUGGGAGCCCUGCUUCUUGGCUCCACCAUCAUCCUUGCCGAAGAGAGGCGUCUCGUUUGCUACUUCACUAACUGGUCACCAGAUAGGCCGGGAGAAUACUCCUACCAGAUAGCCGACAUACCGGUUGAGCUGUGUACUCACGUUACGUACGCGUUCGUUGCCGUCGAUGAGAACAGCUUCCAGAUAAGAUCAGCGAACGCAAAGUUUGACAUUCUACAGGAUGGUUUCACGAAGUUUAGCGAGUUGAAAUCAUCAAAUCCCGAUCUGAAACUGUCGGUGGCCGUAGGCGGUUGGGGUAACGGUGGCGAUGCAUUCCAUAAAAUGGUUUCCUCGUUAGAUGCAAGACAAACCUUUAUCUCUAGUGUGAUACAGUUCAUGCGACGGCACAGCUUCGAUGGCAUCGAAAUAGUUUGGCUGUGGCCCGGAAGUCCAGAUCGUGGUGGUACUGAAAGCGAUAAAGAUAAUUUCUAUCUUCUUAUCGAUGAGAUGAAACGCGGUUUCGAGAAUGCCGAUCGCAGUAACUGGGAAGUUGUCAUUCAAGUUCCACUGGAUCGCUGGAGAAUUCAGCAGGGCUAUCAUCAAAACCGACUCUGCCAAGUGGCUGAUUAUAUUUAUAUUGCCGGAUACGACCUUCGAGGAUCAUGGAAUGGGUUUACGGACGUGCACAGCCCCCUAAACAAUCGUCCGCAUGAUACUGAUAGUUUAAGGGAUCUUACUGUUAAAGGAGGUGUACAGCAUUGGAUUAACAACGGCUGCCCUGCCAAUAAAUUGGUUCUGGGUGUUGCGUUGUUUGGCAGGACACACACAUUGAAGGACAGCAAUGUAAACGGCCUGGGAGCUCCGUCGAGUGGACCUGGCUCGCCUGGCCCGUACACGGCCGAAGGCGGCUACAGAGCUUACUUUGAAAUUUGUGCUGAAUUGAAAGAAUCACGCUGGAGUAUUGAGUGGGACUCGCUAGGUAUGUGUCCUUACGCGCAUAAAGGAGACCAGUGGGUAGGAUUCGAAAAUGCCUAUUCGCUAGAAGAUAAGGUAAUCUAUGCGCAGACUGAAAAGCUAGCAGGUAUAUAUGCAUUUUCGUUGGAUUUAGAUGAUUAUCGAGGUAAAUGUGGAAACAAAUAUCCGCUUAUGAGAGCUCUUUGGAAUGCAUACAAACCUACAAGACAGCAAAGUGGGGACGAUCCGUUCUCUUUCGCUAUUUUCCGUGGUAGAAAUUCGUAAUGGUAAACACUGACG